CGUCUUCACCCUCUGUUUCUUUCUUUUUCUUUCACGAGAAAGUGAAGAGCAAAAUGUUGACUCGGAAUAUCUGGAUUUCUUUCUUCUUUUGUUUGUUCGUUUCUGGGUUUGCUUCGUCUUCGAACAUUGAUUUAUCUGCUUUGCUAUCUUUCAAAGAAUCUUUGUUACUGCCAUCGCAAGUGCUUUCUUCUUGGGUUAACUCCAGCAACCCCUGCUUGGACUCUUGGUUCGGUGUCAAAUGCAACCCCAUAACUCAGAGAGUUACCCGACUCGUUCUUGAUAAUCUCAACCUCACUGCCUCUAUUCACCCCCUCGCUCAACUCACUCAGCUGAGACUUCUCAGCCUUAACAACAACCACCUUUCCUCUUCUUUCAACCUCAACUUGUCUUCAUGGCCAAACCUCAAGCACCUCUACCUCUCUUACAAUCGACUCUCUGGAGAAUUCCCUUCCGGGGUAUCACGUCUCCGGCACCUUCACCGCCUCGACCUCUCUCAUAAUUUCUUCUCUGGCAAUAUUCCGGUAGGUGAACUGGUAAUGUUGCCACACUUGCUGACACUUCGACUUGAGGCCAACUCCUUCGUUGGGACUAUUGACUUUGUUAACCCAUUAUCCUCUUCCAUUUUAGAAUUUAAUGUGUCGAAAAACCAUCUCGCCGGCGAAAUUCCAGCAUGGCUAACUCGUUUCCCGGCUAGUUCGUUCUCCGGUAAUGAUCAUCUUUGCGGUAAACCGUUGAGGGAAUGCUCUAAUCAAACUGUGGGAAGCCAGCCCGUACAAUCAGGCAGUCAUAUGACAGAGAAGAAAGCGAGUAACUGGGUGGUGUUCAUGAUCGUGGGUAUCGACGCCGCGGCAAUUGUGGCAGCCAUAGCAGCCAUAACGUGCUGUUGUUAUCAUAGGAGAACCAGAAAUAGUGGGACCCGCCUAGAAGUUAUCAAGAGGAAAGAUGGCUCAAAUCCCAAAAUUGGAGGCUACUACUACGGCGGAGGUGGUGGGCGCAGAGAGAGUGAGGAGAUGGUACUUUUUGAAGGGUGCAAGGGUUUUAAUGGUGUGAAUGAUCUGUUGAAAUCCUCAGCUGAGUUGUUAGGGAAGGGUUCCGUUGGAACCACUUACAAGGUGGAGAUGGAUGGCGGAGAUGUGGUGGUGGUGAAAAGAGUAAGAGAAAGAAGGCGGAAGAAGGAGGUUUCUGGGUGGCUGAGAAUGGUUGGUGGAUUGAGGCACAGUAACAUUGUAAACCUUAGAGCAUACCAUAAUUCCAAGGAUGAGAUGCUUUUGGUCUAUGAUUAUCUACCAAAUGGAAGCUUACAUUCUCUCUUACAUGGGAACAGAGGACCAGGGAGGACUCCAUUAGACUGGACCACAAGGCUAAAACUAGCUUCAGAUUCUGCACAAGGCCUUGCCUUCUUGCAUGGGUACAAUAAAGCGAAGCUCUUCCAUGGGAACCUCACAUCUUCAAAUAUAUUAGUUGAUCAGUUUAGCAAUGCCUGCAUUUCUGAGAUUUGCCUCCGCCAACUCUUGCACUCACCCACUUCUUUCUCAAACAAUUCCUACAAAUCCCCUGAACUAAUGCCUUACAGCAGUAACAGUAUCGUGCAUGGAAAUGGAAAGUUCACUCAGAAAUGUGAUGUUUAUAGCUUUGGGGUGAUUUUGCUAGAGAUUCUGACAGGGAAAAUGCCAACAGGGGAGGGAGAAACAAAUUUAGUGAGUUGGGUUCAGAGAGUUAAGCAAGAAGAGUGGAGUUGGGAGGUGUUUGAUUUUGAGUUGUAUAGAUCCAAGGAGAUGGAAGAACAAAUGGUGGCUCUUAUGCAGGUAGCUUUACUUUGCUUGGCUCCACUGCCCAGAGAUCGUCCAAAGAUGAGCAUGGUGCAUAGGAUGAUUGAAGAUAUUAGCACUAAGGGUGUAAAAGAAAGUGGCAGUGCACAUUCCAUUCUCAAUGAUCUUUCUUCUGAUUCAUCUCCUUCUCUUUCAGAAAACGCCAUUAACUUCACUAGCAGCAGUUGAUUGAAAAAUGGAACAGAGCUUGUCGGUGACAAUUAAGUUCAUUACUAAGUAUGCAUGUAAUAUUGUUCAAGUGUUAUUGAAACUCUUCCUUCUAAUUUCUUAACUGUAUGAUCAUGAUCUCGGAAAUAUCUAGACCUGUUGGCUGGCACACGAUAGAUAUGGCCGUGGGCCGCAGGCUGGUGCCGGUCAGUUGUUGAAGCAGAAGAUAGGUUGCAGCACCAACCAGCAAGAAAAAUCUAAGUACUGCCAUAGAAGGGCUGAUAUGUUUAUUUGCUUGGUGGUCUUGAGACAAGAUUUAGCUUUUAAUAUUUAUCAUUAGUAUUAAUUAUAAUCUAAGAUGUUUGAUGAAAUUGCCCAUUUUCAGAAAUUAAAAAGGCUUUCGACUUGUCCC